UGAAACUUUUCAGUUUCCCCUCUCGUCACUCGAUGUGAUAUCCACUCAGUAGUCGGUUGUUUAGGUACACUGUACACUCAUCUGAUGAAGGCUAGCUGACCGCAAGUUUGAAUUCUGGACCCCAAGGGUCUUCACACUGCUGCCACGGUGGAUUUCCGGCUUCCUUCGACGUCCCGCUGUGUCGGUAGUCCAUUUCUGCAAGGUUGAAAGAAUACAAGAGACCUGCUUCUCCCGCCCUUCUGGACUGUUCUCCUCUGGCCGUUUCCCCGGUUUGCAUUUCGAACUUCCCGCCGAGCUGCCCCGGCCCGUGAUGCGUCACACUCCAAGCCCUGUCGCAGAACGCUGGCCGCCAUGUCCCACCUGAGCCCCCGCGCAGCCGUCGCCCGCCCAGACUCACGGGUGAGUUUGGCGCGGUCCGACACAACGUACCAUAGCUUUCAAGACAUCGAGUUGUAUGAGCCCGAGGUCCCAGCGCAGCCCAGCGAGGCCAUGCUGGCGCCGACUGUCUGCCCACCACCAGUAACUUCACCACCGACGGAGGAAGAAGGACUGGUCGCAACAACGAUGCGCCGGCAAGACUCGGGCUAUGAGUCACUGAACCCCCGAGACUCGCUGUAUUCCGCCCGCAAGGCGUCUUCGUCGACGUCAGGGUCUUCCUCAACACCGCACCAGCACCGUAAAAGGCCGUCAACCCUGCGGUCCCCAAGGUCCGGCCCUGUCUCACACCGUCCCCGAAAUGCGCGCCACUCCGCUCCCGCGUCUCGCCCCGGUAGCUCGCAGCAGCCCGUGACAUACUUUCAGUUCCCGCAUUUCACCUCCUCCGACCCGGCGCUGAACGAGCCGGCAGGCAUCGCCGCGGACCGUCCGCACAGCGCCCGAGACCUCGCAUCCGUCACGCCGAGCUAUGCACUGCGCCGCUCCGAGACACCCACCUACCCGCUGCCACCAACAACCACACACUAUUGGACGAGCGACCGGACGAGGAGGCUGGAGUACGCGGCCAUCGACGCCGCCAGCAAAGGGGUCCGUGGCUGGGUCUUGCGUCAUGUGGUGCCGGAGUGUUUCGUCCCCGAGAGCAAGCGGCGGAUCGGGUUUGAGGAUGACCGGGGUAGUGUGGUCCGGUACCGCCUGGAUCUCGAGUCGGAUGACAGCGGGGUCGAGAAGGCCGAGUCGGUCCGGACGAGGAAGUGGAAGGGCUGGUGGUUCAGCAUGCGCCGCCGUUGAAAUUCUGGGCUACGCCUUGGCCGUCACCCAGCCGCAGGUCCUGGUUCGAAGAAGGACGACAGCGAUUCGGAGAUACUUUGGUUGGAUGGAUAUGGAAUUUCUCGCAUCUUGCACGGACGGCGCAAUGAUUUUAUUUCGGCA